GGUCGUAGAAUCUGUCCAUGUUAACUUACCUCCAAAUAACUAAAAAAAGGAUUGUGACAUUUCUUAAAGGAACCCUGGAAAUGUGUUAGUGCUACCUUUGCUGACUCCUACUCACAGGGAUAUCAGAGAAGUUAAGAUUCAGUGACUGGGGCAGAUACGCUAUUUCAUCAGCACAGUAACAUUUAAGGUGUAUAAGCUGUAGGCCUCCAUACACACAGCAUGCAGCUCUCUUCUCCGACCCUUGAAAUCCUGCUCUUUGCCAUCAUUUUCAUCAUACAGUUGAGUGGUACAAAUCAAUGGAAGGGGUUAGGUACAACCCCUAACCUGGAGAAUAUUGUAAUUGGCAGGUGCUAUGAUUACAUAGAGACGGUGAAUCCUUCUGUGGGGAAGAAGAACUGUUCAGCCAUAUGGGAAGCCUUGAAGAGUGCAUUUAUCAGCAAGGACCCAUGUUCUGUAUUCCCAUCUGAUUACGAGCACUACAUCAACCUCACGUUGCAUGACAUCCCCAUGAAUAAGUCACUUUUCUGGGAAAAUAACAAACAACUAGUACACAGAUUCUCCGACCGUGGAAAACGCUCCAUGCCUUUAGGUGACACUUUAAUGGGAUUUCUGGCAGAUAGCGUGAACUUUUGUGGAGCAGCCAAUAAUUCAGGAUUUGACUACAACUCAUGCCCUACUACAUCUGAGUGUGAGAACAAUGCUGAGGAGUCUUUCUGGAGGUUGGCUUCUGUUACUUAUGCUAAGCACAGCUAUGGUGAAAUACAGAUCAUGCUGAAUGGAUCCACACCAGAAGGAGGAUUCCCACAGUCCAGUUUUUUAGCUGAUUUUGAAAUUCCAAAUUUUCAAAAAGACAAGGUUUCCAGCAUUAACAUCUGGGUGAUGGACGAAAUUGAUGGCAUGGAUGUGGAUUCCUGUGGAAAGAACAGCACUGCUAUAUUGGAGUCUGUUUUGGCACGCAGGGGUUUUUCAUACAAGUGUUAUGACAAUUAUCGACCUGUUCACAUCCUGCAAUGUGUGGAUUUUCCUGGUUGGCCAAGUUGUACUACUGAUAGUAGCAGUGGAUUUACAUCAUCGUGGAUCACAAUGGUUCCUGUCUGGUUUACUGUGAUUAUUAAUUAUGAAAUUAUACAUUGAUUGUAUAAACAAGAUACUUGCACUCCAUAAUAUAUUCUGACUUUUU